AUGGAAGCUGACUUCUGUCCUCUACUGACCCAGGAGUCCAAAUCCCAGUUUGACUUUGAGCUAGCGUCGGCUAGCACAGACCUGGGCUACUACAGCGCCUGCAGCAGCCUCUCUCCAACCUCCUCCGUUGAUUCCUCUUGCUUUUCUCCUCCAGUCUGCCAAUUUAGAGCUGGAUUCGACCGGCCAAAGGAACCAGAGUGGACCAGCCAAGCUUGGGAGAAACCCACAGCAGCUCAAACCAGGAAAAUCACCAGAUCCAAAAACCCUGGGAAGAAGCGCCAGAGUGCCAGUGAACGAGAGAAGCUGAGGAUGAGGGAUCUUACCAAAGCUCUCCACCACCUGAGGACCUUCCUGCCUCCAUCUGUGGCUCCAGCAGGACAAACCCUGACCAAGAUCGAGACGUUGCGUCUCACCAUCCGCUACAUCUCCUACCUGUCCUCCCAGCUGGGCCAUGAAGAGAACUCCUCUCAUACUGGAAAUGUUCAGAGCCACUCUGCUGCUGUUCCUGUCCAGCAGGGUGGGUUUUCAGACCCCUGGAGCCAGAACACAGUCCAGGAACAUCUCCAGUACAGCAGCCAGCACUGCCAGCCGUCCACAAUGUUCACAGCUUCGGCCCAACAGAUGGAAACAAGCUCAAUGUCCACUGCCUACUACAGUGAGGCGCAGUUCCCCCUGUUUCCCAGCCACACGAGCCAAACCUACACACACUGUGACCUGGCCGCUCUUCUGUGA